GCCGGGGCCUGGCGGAGGGAGGAGGAAGAGGAGGGGGCGGCGGAGCAGGCGCUUGCUCGGGCCGGCCGGGGCCGCCUGGCUGCGCCGCGGGCGGGGGGCAGGGGCGGGCGGCGGCGGCCGGUGCCGCGGGGGAAGCGGAGCCGGCGGGGGCUGGUCUCUCCUCAGGGAGGGGAAAGGGGAGAAGGGAAGGGGGCGGCGGCGAUGUGUGCGGCACGGGGUGGGGGGAGCACCGACGCGCCGCCCGGGGCUGAUUGGCCGCGCAGUUUAUAAGAGCUGCCCGGCCGGGGCGGCGGGGCUGUUUGCCGAGGCCGGGAGCUCGGCGGGGCCGCUGGCCGCCUGUGGAGCGGAGCCGAGCGAGGCGAGGCGAGGCGAGCGGAGCUGCCCGCGGCGCCAUGCGGCGCGCCAGCCGAGACUACACCAAGUACUUGCGCGGCUCCGAGGAGCUGGGCAGCGGCGCCGCCCACGAGAGCGCCCCGCCGCCGCCGCCGCUGCCGCCGCCGGCCCACCCGCACCCGCCGCCCGCCUCCCGCUCACUCCUCGCCGCCCUCGUCCUCCUGGGCCUGGGGCAGGUGGUCUGCAGCGUCGCCCUCUUCCUCUACUUCCGAGCGCAGAUGGACCCUAAUAGAAUUUCAAAAGAAGAUGCACACUGUGUCAGAACAUUUCUAAGAGCUCAAGGAAGUACAGAUUUUCAAGAGACACCAUUUGAAAAUCAAGAAGCAAAGUUAAUGCCUGACUCAUGUGGAAGUAUGAAACAGGCUCUCCAAAGAGCUGUACAGAAGGAAGUGCAGCGUGUCAUGGGAAGAGAACUACCAAGACCAGAAAAAGUUGCAAUGCAAGCCUUAGGAAUGGAUCUGUACAAGAGGAGUAAACCUGAGAAGCAACCUUUUGCCCAUCUUAUUAUUGAUGAUAAGAAUAUUCCAUCCGGAACUCGCAAAGUGAACCUUACAUCCUGGCAUCAUAACAAAGGCCAGGCAAACUUAUCAAAUAUGACAUUCAGUGAUGGAAAACUAAUUGUUAAUCAAGAUGGAUUUUACUAUCUUUAUGCCAACAUUUGUUUUAGACAUCAUGAAACGUCAGGAAAUCUAACUAAAAGAGGGCUUCAGCUGAUGGUGUAUAUGACGAAGACAAACCUUAAAAUAAGACGCUCUGAUGUCUUGAUGAAGGGAGGAAGCACCAAAUACUGGUCGGGGAAUUCAGAAUUUCACUUUUACUCUGUAAACGUAGGAGGUUUUUUUAAAUUAAAAUCUGGUGAAGUGAUAAGUAUCCAGGUGUCCAACCCAUUGCUAUUGGAUUCAUCCCAAGAAGCAACUUAUUUUGGGGCAUUUAAAGUAAGGGAUUUAGACUGAAUCCUUCUGUCUUUAAUGUGUGGUAUUAUUUUUGCCUUGGGACUCAUUUGAAAAAAAAAAAAAUAAAAAGAUUGGGUUUAUGGUUGUCCAGAAUCAGCUUGAAGACAAGAUUGAAAAUCUCUUGGGUGCCAAUUGCAUUUGUGUAAGCCAUGUAUCAUCCCUGAAGACACAUUUUGCCCUGCGCUAAUUCUAGUGGGAGUCCCACAAAUGCACAAAGGGCAAAAUUGCACAGUUCUCCUGAUUCAGUCAUAUAGCAGUUUUGCUUCAUAUAACUCCACUGGCUUCAAGACUUUUACAUUGGUGUAAUAGAAAUUAGAGUUGUUAAUAUUAUUGAAUUUCUGCUUCCAAAUUCUGCCCUGACAAUCUCUACAACCUGUUUUACGCUGUUUGCUUUUGUGCAAGUGUAGAGCAGGACAGAAUUUGGCUCCUAACUUGCAUUUGAGGCUUUGUUUUGCUUGGGGCUGAGCACUCUGAUCCUGAGACAGCAAAGAUGCUGAAGGUAUGACUACUUUGUAUUUGAUGUGGCUUUUAAUAUCCUUAAAGUUAAGCUUGUCCUUGCUUUGCUGGACCAGGGCUGGAAAACUCAGGCCUUGGCAGAAAUGGGUUAUAGAGCAUCUAAGCAUUUCAAAUUUAGUUUUACCUGAUUAAAAGGGCUAUUCCAGGGAGAAGGGAAAAGAUCUGACCUCGCAGUUCUAAAAGGUUAAUUACAGGUCAUUUUAUUAUUCUUGCACAGCUAAUUGCAAAUAUAGAUUGCCAAAGUAUUGUGUCCCUUUAAAGUGUUACAUUGUGCCAGAACCUGCAAAAGCAUUUUUUAGACAAAAAGUAUGUAUUUUUAUAUUCUGUAAUAUCUAAAGUUAUAUUUCAGGUGUAAUGUUUUGUGUAAAAAGUGUAAAUUAUAUUGUCCUAUAGUAUUUGAUACAAAAUAUUUAAAAUCUCUUGCUGUUUGUAUAUUUAAUGUUUUAAACUGUUUUUAAUGUACAGACAUGUUAAACUGGUGCACUUUUUAAUCCCAAUGGGAAAAAUUGCAGCUAAAAGAGGUUGUUUGCAGUUAGCAAAUGUAAUAUAUUUCUUUGUUCUUUUUAACUUAAUAGAUAUCUGUUAAACUUGUCAGUAUUAGCAGGGGAAAAAAAAUCACACCAAUGUCAUGAAUAAUCACACCAGGAUGCUGGUCACUGGGUGCCUUUCAAACCUGCAGGGUAGUUGACAUUACAAGCUGGCAUUACUUUAAAAAGUAUAUAAUAGGCCACAGUAUGUCUUAAGGGUAUUUAUAGUUACUGAACAGGCGUUUUUUCCUACAACGAAUUCUCCAAAUUGUAAAUUCUAUAGUUGAGUAAUGACUUUCUUAGCCUACUUUUCUGGAAAAGUGAAGCUUAUGCUAUUGCAGUGCCUGUCCCUGUCUUCCCUUCUAACUCUUUGCACAUUUCUGCCAGAUGUGGCAGAUGAAUGGCAGUGUUAAGAGACUCUUACAGGUUUUAUGAGAACUGACAGCUGAGAAUAACUCAGCCAUUAUAUGUUAUUUGUCAGUGGCUGGCCACUGUUCAUAUUAUCCAACCAGUUAAUAUGGUAAAACUCCUAGUUAGCCGCUAGAUGUGUUGUUUCUUGUAUAGUUGCUUGGCCAAAAAAUUUAGUUAGGAGUCAUCUGAGGGUGGGUAGUGUGGGAAGAGCUGCUGAUACCAUUGGUAUCUGCAGAUACCAUAGGUAUUUAGGGCACAGCUGGGCAGAGAACAGCAGCUAUUGAGAGAGGGGUUAAGAGGGAGGUUUUAGGGGUAUUUCAGUCUGUGCUGAGAGGAUGUGGGGAAAAGCUGUUUAAUGCAGUAGGAAUCGUAGAAGGCAAAAAACUCAAAUCUGUAAGAAAUGAGGCUUCCUAGAAAUCCUCAGAGGCUUUUUUUAUAAGAAACAGUUGAAUUCAAGCAAUUAUUUUAUACUGUAUCAUAAACAUUUCUUUUUAAUAUUGUUUUCUUACAAAAUAUAUUUCUAAGAAAAAACUGUG